AUUAACAUCAUAAUUUCAUUCCUUGAUCCAAAUCUCAGUAUUUCAUCUCCUUUUUUUCAAAAACGCCACAACUAUGGCCGGAGGAAGAUCAAAGUCAAAGGCAUCGAAGAAGAAAGGCCCUACUGAGGCCACAACCUCUACACCUCAACCCUUUCCGUACCUGGAUGGAUCCUUCCUCGAAUUCGGGUCGGAGGAAGAACUCACACGCUUCCUCACUCACUUUGCCAAGCGCCCGAUCUCUCCACCUCGCGUGCUCCCGGAGUUGUUUCCCCAAGACAAAGGGUACCACGACCUCGACAACCAACUCCAAGCGUCGGGUUUGUGGCCAUUCGUCUCUAAGAGCCGCUCGAGCUUCAGUCCCGCCUUCGUCUGGGCUUUCUACUCCAAUCUCCGCCGUGACGGGGACACCAUUCGCAGCAGCAUCAAUCUCUACGACAUAGAGAUUGAUUUGCCUACCUUUUCUCGGGUCGCAAGGCUGCCCAUCCGCGGUGACGACAUUGCAACCUAUGGUGGCGACGAUUGGAUCCUCAACAACGAGGCGGUCGUCAUUCGUGAGCUUGGGAUCACCAACUUGAUCCGCCACAGUGGCGCACAGACGAUUCACUCGGCCCCACCGGACAAGCGCCUCCUCCUCUACAUCAUCACCCGGAUUCUCCGCCCCCGGGACAGCAGCCAUACCUCGCUCUUCAACGAGGACUUGAAGGCGAUUCACGCCAUCAUCCACGGCGCCUCCAUCAAUCGGGCAAAAUUCGUGAUGAUCCACAUGGCGGAUUGCGCCUCCAUACACCUUCCUCAUCAUGGACCUCAUCAUCUCCGCCGACAUCUCCAUCGCCGGCCCGGAUACGAAGAUGACAAAGAUUUGGAUAAUUCAAGACAACACCUUCCGGAAGAAUCAAUCGAGCGGAUGGACUGGACGCUGCAACGCCAACACCACGACAUGACGGCGUUCUUCCGCGGCAUCAACUACGUCCCGCCGCCCUUUGACAGCACCUUCCUCGGCCAAAACUAUGAAGGCGAGGACGAGGAGGAUAACUCCUAUGCUCCAUCCUCCUCCCCCGACGAGGCCGACUUUGAAGAUGCGGUCGACGGCGAUCCCAUGGACGUCGAGGACGACGAGGAUGACGACGAGGACGCCGAUGCUUAGACUUUUCUUUUCUC